AUCUAUCAUUAUCCAGUUGGCUCCUCUGAGUUGGAUUAAAAUAAUUGCUCAUAUUUCAAAUGAUUCCAAGCCAUUUGCGCUAUUUAUACCCGUCCCUUCCAUGGCGAAUGAAAAUCUCAUUCAAGAUUGUCCAGUUCUCCUGAGGUUUGGUCCUCGUUCAGAUAUUACUUUGUGCGGAAAAUGGCUGAUAAACUGCGGUUGGCAAUAGGGAUAAUGGGAAAUGCCACUUCUUUGAUGCUUUAUGCAGCACCUGUAUUAACUUUCAAGAAGGUCAUUAGGAAUGGAAGCACUGAAGAAUUUUCCUGCAUCCCAUACAUCAUAGCUUUUUUCAAUUGCCUUCUAUAUACCUUAUAUGGUUCGCCGGUUGUGAGCAUCGGGUGGGAGAACUUUCCAAUCAUCACCGUUAACGGGCUCGGGAUUCUUCUAGAGUUCUCAUUCAUCCUCACCUAUUUCUGGUUCACCUCAACUAAUAGAAAGAAGCUGGUAUUGCUGAUGUUGGUGACCGUUGCUGUAGUGUUUUGCACCACUGCAUCAGUAUCAACAUUGGUAUUUGAUGAUCAUCGUCAUCGUAAAGCACUUGUCGGAUGCAUUGGACUCGUGUCCUCUGUAGCCAUGUAUGCGUCUCCCCUCAUAGCUAUGAGGCGAGUAAUAGAUACAGAAAGCGUUGAAUUCAUGCCUUUCCAUCUGUCCCUGUUCUCGUUCAUGACCAGCUCCCUGUGGAUGACAUAUGGCCUCUUGGGACGCGAUCUAUUUCUUGUAUCACCGAAUCUGUUGGGCAGCCCGUUGUGCUUCCUGCAGCUGGUGUUAUACUGCAGGUACAGGAAAAAGAGUGAAAGUUGGCCUCAAGACGAUCUAAGGAUUAAGCUUACUUUUUCUUAGGGUUAUAUAUUUUGGAAUGUAUGGAGAGUUUAUACAGUGCUUAUGGUUUUCAUUUGAAUGAGAUUGGAUCAUCUUAAUUUUAUGA